UGUAAAUGACUUCUAGGGAUUUUGUUUCGCCUGUGUUGGCACCUCUUUCACCAAAGCUAGUUCCAAUACCCAUUUAACGGUCUUUUCAAAUUUCAAUCAAAUCCGUGUUUACUUUGUGUUUUUAGUCGUUUAAAAUGUGUGUGUGAGUGUGAUCCCGUCAUGGAAGCGUCCCAGGAGUCAAUCAGUUCCCGUCGGGAUAAACUCAACAGUCAAAUAAUCGGCGAUCAAAAACUCACCCUUAUCAACCGAGAAUGUCUCCUCGACGCCCUUCAAGCCCUUUACGACGAGUGCACCAUCGAUACUUUGCAGAAAUACGACAAACAAAUAGGCCAGUUUGUGAACAAGUACAAAAAUACCAUCCAGGAAGUGAAAAAAUUGAGGGUGAAUGUGACAGAUUUCGAGAUAAAGGAUGUGAUAGGAAGGGGGCACUUCGGGGAGGUGCAUGUCGUGAAGGAGAAACAAACUGGGGAUAUUUAUGCCAUGAAAACGAUAAGAAAGUGUGACAGUUUAGAAAAAACCAAUUUUGAUACCGAGAGAGAUAUAAUGGCUUUUUCGUCCUCACCCUGGAUUACAAGUCUCCAGUAUGCGUUCCAGGACAGCGUUUAUUUGUUCUACGUGAUGGAGUACCACCCUGGGGGCGAUUUAUUUAGUCUUUUGUACCGCCAAGGGGGCACAUUGCCCGAAAGCGCCGCCACUUUUUACCUAGCUGAAAUUGUCUUAGCCUUGGAAGACUUGCAUUCAAUGGGGUUUGUCCACCGAGACAUCAAACCCGAUAAUAUCCUCCUCGACCGUUGCGGCCACUUGAAAUUAGUCGAUUUUGGUUCAGCUGCAAAAUUAAAUCCCCAUGGAUUUGUCGAGAAGGGGCUCCCGGCUGGCACCCCUGACUACGUCGCCCCCGAAGUCCUCCAAUCCCUUGAACGCAACUCAAAAUCAAACUACGGUGUUUUGUGCGAUUUUUGGUCUUUGGGGGUCCUCGCCUACGAAUUAGUAGUCGGGAAGCCCCCUUUUUCGGGGCAGAAUACCUCAGUCACCUACUCGCGGAUUAUCAACCACUCAAAUAGUUUAAAAUUCCCCAAUGAUGUACUCCUAACACAGGCCUACACCUCCCUUAUUCGGAAUCUAGUCACCGAUGCGAAAGCCCGCUUGACUUGCCCCCAAAUCAAAAACCACCCCCUUUUCAAACACGUGCAUUUUGACACAUUGCGCGACCAAGUGCCCCCCUAUGUGCCCAAAAUCACCUCCAUGGAGGAUACGAGUAAUUUCGCCGACGUGGGGGCGAAGAAGUCCACUCCCAGUGUGGAGAAUUUCAAGAAGAAGACGCAGUUUUCCGGGAGGAAUUUACCCUUCAUUGGGUUUACUUUCACCCCAGGGGUGAGUCCCUGCGGGAGGGAUUUUGAUCGGAACUCCAGAGCCAAAGAUGAGAUUAUUAGGAACAUGAGGGAUGAGUUGGAGGUGGUCAAGAGGGAUUUGAUGAAAAAGGAGGAUUUUGAGGAGGUCAAGUUGGUGUUGGAGAAGAAAAUUUUGGAGAAAAAUCAGAAAUUGGAAAAUAUUGAAAGUGUGAGGCAGAAGUUGGAGAGGGAUUUGGCCGCGAGCAUGGCCGAAAGUACGGCAUUGAAAAGAACGCUGGAAAUCGAGCGCAAAGACCGCGCCGAACUCGAACGCAAAGCCCUAGAUUUGAUAAAAUCGGCAAAAAUCAAGUGGGAGACCUCCGAACGUAACAAAAUCGAAUCGUUUAAACUAGAAAUAGAGCAACAGAAAGAAAAAAUCACUCAACUCGAAACCACCAACAAAAUGUUAAACGAACAAUUACAAAAAGCUUUCAAAAUGGAAAACAAACAUAAAGAAUCGAUACAAGCAGUCGAACAAUUAAAUCGACGAAGUCUAGUAGGCCUUGAAUCACGAAUAGAGAAAGUUGCUUUAGAUUCAAAACACAAAAUUAUAAAUCUUCAAGUCACUCUGGACGAAACCAUCAAGCAAAAGAAGGAAUUGGAAUUUGAGAUUGAAAAAUUGAGGGACAGUGAGGAGGAAUUGAGGAAAAAAUUGUCGAAAUCUAGUGAGGAUUACUCUGUUCUAAAUGGAGCAGCACUAGAGGCCGAAAAACUCGUUAAAGAACUAGGACAGAAAGUGAACGAUUUAGAACGAGAGUUUCAAAAAUCUGAAAAUUUCAAAAUUAAAAUCAAUACUUUGGUUCGGGAAAUUGAUGAUUUUAAGGAGAAAAUCCGUGAUUUGGAAAAUGCGAAUUUGUUACUCAAGGAGGAGAAUAAGAGUAUUGAGGAGUAUAAGAAUCAUAUCAACGUAUUAAAAGAUACUAAAACCCAAAAUGAGAGAAAAAUAAACGAAUUAGAGAGUAAGUUGCAAGAGGAGGAACAAAAAUCUGUCACACUGAAGAAAGAAUUGGAAAAUUCGGAAAAUCUGAUAGAUGAGAGUCAACAAUUGAAAGAGUUGAGAGUGAAAAUGUGGAAAAUGGAGAAAGAGUUAGGCAAUGCGAAAAUCGACAAGCGAAUAGUCGAACGAGAACUUAAAGAUGCACAAAAUGAAAUAAAAAAUUUGAGCGAAGAAAUAAAAAUUUUGAAAGACAAAAUCGAAGACAAUAAGAAAAUUCACUCAACCGCCAUGUUGGAAUUGAGCAACAUCAAUGAGAAUUUAUCUUUGGAGAUGAUCAAAGUCAAAGAAUCGUUCAAAAACUUGGAGGAAAAGUACGAAUUUGAGAAACACAGAAAUGAGGAAGAGAAAUUACUAAUAGUCCAACUCAAAGACACCAUUAAGGAAAAAGACGAAACUAUUUCCAAAAUUCGCUCAAAAAUGCAGUCCCUCAGAGAAGAUUUCGUAACCUUGGAAGAAAAAAAUAACAAGUUGGUAGAAUCUAACCAGAAGAAGGCAAAAGAAUUUGAAGAUAUCAUAAACGAGAAUAAGAAAUUGUCGGGGGAGGUUAACGAGACAAAGAGGCAAUUAGAGAACGCCCAAACGAAUCUAGAAGCCUUACGUGAGGCUUGCCUCAUCAUCGAAAAUCAAGUCAUCGAAUACGAGAAGAUCAAUUCUUCGAUUCAGGCUGAAAAGUCAAAUCUUGCCGAAAAUACAGAAAAACUAAUCAAGGAUUUGUGCAAAGCUAAGGAAGAAAUUCAAGAGGCAAAAAAAGCCACCAAUGAAGAAAAAUCGCUACGAUUAUUGGCCGAAACUAAAGUGAAACGUUUGACUGAAGAUGUGGAGUUGUUGCAUAAUGAAUGUGACUCGUACAAAGAUCAAUGCCUCAAAUAUAAAGAGUGUGCGAGUAAUUUGAGUGAAGAAUUGACUGUUUCAGAGGAAAAAGUCUCUGAUCUGGAAGUUACCCUCAAGUCGUAUGAGAGGCAAAUUGAGGAUUUGGUGUCGGAAAGUAAUAUUUUGAAAGAGGAGAUUUCGCAAUAUUUAACACAAAUGGCCGGCCUCAAAGAGUCGAAUUUUAAACUUAAACAACAAAUUCAGGAUUUGAAAGAGUCCAGAAAUGUACUAAUCGAACAAGUUGAGGAGUUGGAGAGAGUCCUCAACGGAAAAAUAAACUACUACGAGGAAAGAGAAAUGAAGAAUGAGUCAAUUAUCAAGCAACAAACAAAACUAAUCGAGUAUUUGCAAGUUAAGAUUGACGAACAUAAUAACAAGAAAAGAACUCUGACGGAUAAAUUGUUCGGAUCAUCGAAAAAAGAAAACAUCCAACCUUUAGUCCUACCGAUGAAUAAAGAUCUAGAAGGUCAAUUAAUGAAACAAAAGCAAAUCAAUAAAAACCUACAGGAAGAAAUUAACAAAUUGAAGGCGGAACUUACUUGUCGGACACCAAUCACAAAACUGCAACGUCACAAAUCAGAAAUCGUGUCACCUAAAACUGAAAUAUUGACAAAAUCGUUUGAAAUUUUAUCUCACAAAUUCGUACAAAAACUAUGUAAAAAAAUAUCACGUUGUGACCAUUGUGCUAACCAAAUCAUGGUUGGCCGUGAUGUAAGCAUAUGUACUGAAUGUCAUGUCACCGUACAUCACAAUUGUGUCAAUUCUGUCAAAAGUACAUGUGGCAUGCCUCAUACAUCUGUCAAAAGUCCUAAAAGUGACUCAAAUGUUGUCAUUUUUGAAGGAUGGAUUAAAUUAUUAACUAAAAAUAACACUUGGGAGAAACGAUAUGCGUGUCUGACUGACUCGAAAUUGAAUAUUUAUUCGACAAAAGAUAAGAAAAGUUUAACAAAUUCGGUGGAUUUGAAAAUACCAAAUUCGAGGAAGAAAGUGGUUUUGGAACCGUUGUCGUCGGAAAUUGGGGUGAAUGUUGCUAGUACGGACCUGUCUUUUGUCAUGAAAGUUGAGGUUUUGGCACAAUGUUGGCCGGUGGUUUCGCUGGUUUUCAUGGCGUUGUCAGUGGAAGAGAGAAAUCAGUGGUAUAAAGCGUUUCAAGAGCUCUUUGAUGAAGACGCCGGCCAGCACCUGGAGACCACCCUCGCCCUCCCCGACCAAAUCUACGCCAACUGCGUCCUGGAUUUGACAAAAAACAUCAAACUUUUAGGCACCGAUCAAGGUCUCUACUCUUACCACAACGGCCAACUCCUCCAUAUUGAGGGCCCCACCGACAUUCACCACGUUUCGAUAAUCCCAGACUCCAAUAUCGUCGUCAUGAUUUCCGGUCUAAAUAGCGUUUUAAUUUCCUGCGAUUUAAACCAUCUCAUAAAUUUAACUCAAUGUGCGCCUUGUACUAAGCCGGUCCUGACUUAUAGCGACAUCAAAAUCAAAGAAAUGGACGGUUUUCACUACCUGGAAGCGUCGAAAUUCCCCAAACAUCAGUUAUUUUGUGCUGCGACUAGUCGACAGUUGGUAAUAGUGAAAUACGAUUGUGAAAACUACGAUUUUGUACCGUUGAGAAUCAUGGAUACGGCUGAACCGUUAGGGUGUGCGUUAUUUACGGAACACUCGUUGAUAGUUGGCGCUGAUAAAUUUUUCGAAAUUGAUUUAGCGACAUUUAAAGCCGAGGAAUUUCUCGAUGGGUCAGAUUCGAAAUUGAAAUUUGCGGUCAAGUGUCAUAAAAUGCAGUCAUUUCCGGUGGCCAUUUUGCAAAUUUCGGAUAACCCGAAAGAAUUUUUGAUUUGUUUUAAUGAAUUUUCGGUGUUUGUGGACGAAUAUGGACGAAGUUCGCGGGAGGAGGAGUUAAAAACGAGUUAUCUACCAAUCGGGUUCCAUUUUGUGGCGCCAUUUUUGUACAUUUUUCAAUUCACCGGAGUGGAAAUUUUGAAAAUUGGGGAAAGAGGGAUGUCGGGGAAUGUCACAAUUGAUUUGAAAAAUGUGCGAUUUUUGGGGGAAACCCAUAAAGGGAUUUAUGUCUACCAUGAUGGUAGGGUUAAAAUGUUGGAGGGGAGGAAAAUAGUUGAUUGUGAUGAUGUCAGUUCGAUCAGCCAAUCAGAAGGCGGGGAUGAGGACAGGUUUAGUUUUACAAGUUCGAUGGUACAAAGUCUUGAUGGGAAUUCCACCGAUUUGGACAAUAGUAGCGAAGAUAAUGUAAAGAGGGUUAAAUUUUCACAAACUAAUUUAUAAGUUGCACUGUACUUAAAUCUUGCCCCUUUUUGUCUAUUUAUUUUAUUUUAGAUUUAUCGCACUUUUGUUUUGUAAGGAUUUUUAUUAAAUAAAGUGUCAUUUACGUUUGAA